CUUCUGACAAAGCGAAAGUCGAUGAAAAUGAAGGAAUUGUUGGUGGUAGCUACGUUACUGAUGAUUGGGGUGACUGGAGAGGCUCCAGCACCCUACCCUGCGAGUGGAUGGCGCCCGCAGGGACCUGCUUUCGACCUACCAUCAAGAAUGCCUCCAUUGAAGCAAGAGUACCUACCCGUGGAGCCAAGAAGACCUCAAAUUCCAAAUUUCAACGACGAUGUCGAUGUAUCAGUACAAGGUCUGCCAACGGUCGAACAACAGCCAAUCUUCCAGGUGUCACCUAUUAAUGGACAGCAAUUAACAGGGCCCGCUGUUAAUGCUGAUGUGUCUAAACUUAAUCCAAGCCUGCAGCAAGCGCAAUAUCAACUGCAACUAGAAAAAGCGUUACAGUUUGCGAGGCAGCGAGAAUUCGAUGCUGCUAGGGUUCCGUCCAGCGGGUUACCACAACAGCAGUCUCCCAGGCAAUUUGCUUCCCAACCAUCGACUACUCCAAAGCCUGAAUCCAGAUCACAACCGGAAACGACAACUGAAUCACUGAAUGAGGGCGAGCUUUUGGAUGACAAAGACAAAGAUCAGAAGGAGAAGGUCUCUGUGGAAGUUACCAAACAAAAUAUACAAGAGUAUCCAGCUGAAUUGUUCCUAAGCCCGCUAGCACAGCUGAAUUUGCAACAGCAAUUUGUUCCCCUGUCGCAGUUAGGUCAACUUAGGGCACCGCUAUAUUAUCCUCAGGUUACAGAACAGAACCAAGGUUUCGAUGGACCAGCCCAUCUAGCUGCUUUGCCGUCUGUUUUAGCGCAGAGAGAGUUAUUAUCGCAACAAGUAUUACCUGCUCAAGGUUUCGCUCAGAACCCUAUAAUAGUACAGGAACAACCUCUGGUUCAAGAGCCUUUGAACCAAUAUGCAGCUAUAAACCAAUACCAACCCCUCAAUCAGUAUCAACCUGUAAACCAAUAUCAACCUCAGCAACCGGAAGUACAGGCCUUUUCCCAAUUUAAUAUACCUCCUCAACAAAUAAUUUUACAAAGUCAAGGCAAUCAAAUCCAACCAAGUCAAUUCCAACCUCAGCAACCAGGUCAAUUCCAACCUCAGCAACCAAGUCAGUUCCAACCACAGCAACCAGGUCAGUUCCAACCACAGCAACCAAAUCAAUUCCAACCUCAGCAACCAAGUCAAUUCCAACCACAGCAACCAGGCCAGUUCCAGUUUCAGCAACCAAAUCAGUCACCUCCACAAAAACCUAAAGACGUAGAGGAAAUAGAGCAAAACGACCAGCAAGUUGUAUUACAAAGCUAUCAACCCCAGUUCUACCAGCCACAGUAUCAGCCCAACCAAUUCCAAAACCAACCCAUAUUUGUAUCUCAACCAGCCUUCAGUUAUCAGAACCAGCAAUACGAGCCGCAAUCGGUGCAACAGUUCGACCCUAACAAUUACCAGGCGCAAGUUCAAGGUCAGGGGCUCCAGAGCGGUCUCGACUUGAACCAACAAGGAAAUGGUAUUGAACAAAACGAAGAGAGAGAGUUCGAUGAUAGGGAAGAGGUCGACGAGGGCAACGAAGCGACCGCCGUGGCUACAGCUUUUGGCACAAGAACGCAACCCCGAGUUUUUGCGUCGUAUGGCGCUCCCAUACCUAAAGUGCAAGCGACUCAAGGCUAUCCCACCACGACGGAAUCCGUGGCUCAGGAAGAAGCAAUGACAGAAGACGGCCCAGCCAUUGCCCAGGCCACCGCUGUAGCUACCGGCAGGAGAAGUGCCAAACAAAGAAGCCGCAGAUUAAGGCCAGUGUUCACUUUGGAUCGCUCUGGGCAUUUAGUUUUGGCUCAACAAUAAUCGUUACAAGCUUACAAUAAACGCGUAAAUUAUUAAAAUUUUGUUAGAACAUAAUAUUUCUGAAUCGCAAUCUCCUAAACAUUUAAAUCCACAUCACUUGUUUAUUUUAUAUGUCCUUUUGAAAAUCAAGUGAUUGUCGUAUAGACUUAUACCAGUUAGAAUAAAAAAAACAGGUUUUAUUUAUGCUAUAAA